CAGACCCUCAGGCCUGCGAGCCUAUCGCGUGCUGCCUGGCGUUCCCGCCCGGGCGACAUUUUUUCCCUGAGCUCCUGCACACUAAACAGAGUGGGGGAGCCUUUCCCUGCAGUCUGCUUGAAGCCCCCUGAUUUUUCACCCGGUGGUGGUGGGUGCAUUUUAAUUUUUCCCCCGGACUGUGGGCUGCGAUGUCAGUUCUCACUGAAGACAGUGAGCCAUCUUUCCUGCGUCUCGGGGGUACGCAUAUUCCUCAUCAGCCUUUCAAACUUGUGGUGGAGCAGGGCUUUCAUUUCUGUGUGUUCUGAGCCAGCACAGUCACCAACAUUGAACUUGCCUUUCACUUGUGAGCAGUUGUGCUGAUGUUGUGAGGGAAGGUCCUGCGGAGGCUCUAGCCGAGGACGAGGUGCAUGUGGCUGUCUCCUGGACAUUUGUCCUGCUCACAUUGACGCAUGAGGAAUCAGAGAGUGUGAAAAUGAACACGAAGGAGAGUUGGUGAAUUCCCAUCCGGUGGGCAUCUUUAAACCCUGGUGGGCAACACCAUCAGGCCGGAAGACCAGCGCCUCGCAGACGAGCUCAGAGUGAACACAUCUGGUGGAAGAGGAAAAAGAUGUAGUUAUUGAAUCCAGUCAAGUGUCUGUACCUGUCAAAUUAUCAACAAAAUUCCAUAGGAAAGACUGCAGUUGGCCCCACAGACACAUGGAGACCCACGCAGCUGCUAAAGAUGGAGAAAUCAAGACACAGAGAAAUUAAGUGACUUUGCCACAGUCACAGCUGGGGAGGACCAGGAUUAGAGCUUAGCGAAAGCCCCUGACUCUGGGCCUGUGUCCUGCCCUGGAGUCACGCUGCCUCCGUUCUCAGGAGAGAAGAUUCCCUGCAAGAUGGAGGUGGACACGGAGGAGAAGCGCCAUCGCACGCGGUCCAAAGGGGUUCGAGUUCCCGUGGAACCAGCCAUACAAGAGCUGUUCAGCUGUCCCACCCCUGGCUGUGACGGCAGUGGUCAUGUUAGUGGCAAAUAUGCAAGACACAGAAGUGUAUAUGGUUGUCCCUUGGCAAAAAAAAGGAAAACACAAGACAAACAGCCCCAAGAACCUGCUGCCAAGCGGAAGCCGUUUGCGGUGAAGGCAGAUAGCGCCUCGGUGGACGACUGCUACGACAGCGAGGGCACUGAGGACAUGGACGAGAAGGAUGAGGAGGACGAGGAGGACGAGGACGAAGAGGAGGACUCUGAGGACAAUGAGGAGGCUGCCGAUGACGAGGAGGAGGAGGUGGACCGAGAGGACGAGGAGGAGGUUGAGGAGGAAGAGGACGAGGACGACGAGGAGGAGGAGGAUGGGGAGGACGUGGAGGACGAGGACGAGGACGAGGACGAGGAGGAUGAGGACGAGGAGGAGGAGGAGAAUGAAGACCAUCAAAUGAACUGUCACGCUACACGGAUGAUGCCAGACCCGGAGAAGGAUGACAACAACAACGACGAAUAUGACAACUAUGAUGAGCUGGUGGCCAAGUCCCUGCUGAACCUCGGCAAGAUCGCCGAGGACGCCGCCUACCGAGCCAGGACUGAGUCGGAAAUGAACAGCAACACCUCCAACAGCCUGGAAGACGAGAGCGACAAGAACGAAAACCUGGGUCGGAAGAGCGAGCUGAGCCUGGACCUGGACAGCGACGUGGUCCGCGAGACGGUGGACUCCCUGAAGCUGCUGGCACAAGGACAUGGCGUCGUGCUCUCGGAAAACAUGGGCGACAGGGGUUACACAGACAGCAUGUCGCAGCCGGAUAGCAGAAGCAUGAACUACGUGCUGCUGGGGAAGCCGGCCAACAACGGGCUGGCCGACAAGGCGGUGGAGGAGAGUGACGAGGAGGUGUGCCUCAGCAGCCUGGAGUGCCUGCGCAACCAGUGCUUCGACCUGGCCCGCAAGCUCAGCGAGACCAGCCCGCAGGACAGGGCCCAGCAGCAGGGUCUGGCCCUGCGCCCGCACGGCCGGCAAGAGGACGACUUCCCGGGGAGGACGCCGGACAGGAACUACUCGGACAUGAUCAACCUCAUGAGGCUGGAGGAGCAGCUGAGCCCCCGGCCCAGAGUGUUCUCCAGCUGCGCCAAGGAGGACGGGGGCCGCGCGCAGGAUGACGACACCACCUCCAUCACCUCGGACAGGUCGGAGGAGGUGUUCGACAUGACUAAGGGGAACCUGACCCUGCUGGAGAAAGCGAUCGCCUUGGAGACGGAGCGCGCCAAGGCCAUGAGGGAGAAGAUGGCCCUGGAGGCAGGCAGGAGGGACAGCAUGCGGUCGUACGAGGACCAGUCUCCCAGGCAGCUUCCCGGGGAGGACAGGAAGCCUAAGUCCACGGACAGCCACGCCAAAAAGUCAUACUAUGGUAAAGAUCCCUCAAGAACAGAAAAGAAAGAGAGCAAGUGUCCAACCCCCGGGUGUGAUGGAACCGGCCACGUAACUGGGCUUUACCCACAUCACCGCAGUCUGUCUGGAUGCCCGCACAAAGAUAGGGUCCCUCCAGAAAUCCUUGCCAUGCACGAGAGUGUUCUCAAGUGCCCCACUCCGGGCUGCACGGGGCGAGGGCACGUGAACAGCAACAGGAACUCACACAGGAGCCUGUCUGGAUGUCCUAUCGCUGCAGCAGAGAAGUUGGCAAAGGCCCAAGAAAAACACCAGAGCUGUGAUGUGUCCAAGUCUAAUCAGGCCUCGGACCGAGUCCUAAGGCCAAUGUGCUUUGUAAAGCAGCUGGAGAUCCCUCAGUAUGGCUACAGAAACAAUGUCCCCACGACCACGCCGCGGUCCAACCUGGCCAAGGAGCUUGAGAAGUAUUCCAAGACCUCGUUUGAAUACAACAGCUACGACAGCCAUACUUAUGGCAAGCGAGCCAUAGCUCCCAAGGUGCAAACCAGGGAUAUGUCCCCCAAAGGAUAUGACGAUGCGAAGCGGUACUGCAAAAACGCAAGCCCCAGCAGCAGCACCACCAGCAGCUACGCGCCCAGCAGCAGCAGCAACCUGAGCUGCGGUGGCGGCAGCAGCGCCAGCAGCACCUGCAGCAAGAGCAGCUUUGACUACACGCACGACGUGGAGGCGGCCCACAUGGCGGCCACUGCCAUCCUCAACCUGUCCACACGCUGCCGGGAGAUGCCACAGAACCUGUCGACCAAGCCGCAGGACCUGUGUGCCCCGCGGAACCCUGACAUGGAGGUGGAUGAGAAUGGGACUCUGGACCUCAGCAUGAACAAGCAGAGGCCAAGGGACACCUGCUGCCCCAUCCUGACGCCCCUGGAGCCCAUGUCCCCCCAGCAGCAGGCAGUGAUGGACAGCCGGUGUUUCCAGCUGGGCGAGGGGGACUGCUGGGACCUGCCCGUCGACUACACCAAGAUGAAGCCCCGGAGGAUAGACGAGGAUGACCCCAAAGAGAUCACCCCGGAAGACUUGGAUCCCUUCCAGGAGGCUCUAGAAGAAAGGAGGUACCCGGGGGAGGUGACCAUCCCGAGCCCAAAGCCCAAGUACCCCCAGUGCAAGGAGAACAAAAAGGAUUUGAUAACAUGUCCAACUCCGGGGUGUGAUGGGAGUGGUCAUGUGACUGGUAAUUACGCCUCACACAGAAGUCUGUCUGGCUGCCCUCUGGCUGACAAAAGCAUUCGAAGUAUGCUGGCCACCAGUUCCCAAGAACUCAAGUGCCCCACCCCUGGCUGUGAUGGCUCCGGACACAUCACCGGCAAUUAUGCGUCUCAUCGGAGCCUUUCAGGUUGCCCAAGAGCAAAGAAGAGCGGCAUCAGGAUAGCUCAGAGCAAGGAGGACAAGGAUGACCAAGAGCCCAUCAGGUGUCCGGUGCCCGGCUGCGACGGCCAGGGCCACAUCACGGGAAAGUAUGCCUCGCACCGCAGCGCCUCCGGGUGCCCCCUGGCCGCCAAGAGGCAGAAGGACGGGUACCUCAAUGGCUCCCAGUUCUCCUGGAAGUCAGUCAAGACGGAAGGCAUGUCCUGCCCCACGCCGGGAUGCGACGGGUCGGGGCACGUCAGCGGCAGCUUCCUCACACACCGGAGCUUAUCCGGAUGCCCGAGAGCCACGUCGGCGAUGAAGAAGGCAAAGCUGUCGGGCGAGCAGAUGCUGACCAUCAAGCAGCGGGCCAGCAAUGGCAUAGAAAACGAUGAGGAGAUCAAACAGUUAGACGAAGAAAUCAAGGAGCUGAAUGAGUCCAAUUCCCAGAUGGAAGCUGACAUGAUUAAACUCAGAACUCAGGUAACAAUCACCACCAUGGAGAGCAACCUGAAGACCAUCGAAGAGGAGAACAAAGUGAUUGAGCAGCAGAACGAGUCCCUGCUCCACGAGCUGGCCAGCCUCAGCCAGUCCCUGAUCCACAGCCUGGCCAACAUCCAGCUGCCACACAUGGAUCCAAUCAAUGAACAAAAUUUUGAUGCUUACGUGACUACUUUGACGGAAAUGUAUACAAAUCAAGAUCGUUAUCAGAGUCCAGAAAAUAAAGCCCUACUGGAAAAUAUAAAGCAGGCUGUGAGAGGAAUUCAGGUCUGAACAGCUGCUCUAGUGAUGAAACUCUGGCUUAAAAAGGAUGCCUCUUGUCUUUGCUGCUGUGACUUACCAGAAAGUGUUACAUAUCUAUUUCUGUUCGAAACAGUGUUAUGCUUACAAGACUUCAUCAUGAUUCUAUGUCUUGCUUUAAAGAUAGUACCGCAGAAUAGUUUUUGGAAACAUCCACAUUUCGUUCGUUUUCAUGUGAGCUGACAGUGUGCUCUGCCACGUAAUGUCCAUAGCUGCUCUGUACGCACAUUCGGGGCGUAUAUAUUUCCGAAGAGGUGAGCUGAUCAAAAUAAACAGAGUGUAAAUUCUUUUUAAUGCUUUAGUGAUUAAAUGUUUUAGUAUUUUGAACUGAAAUGGACAAAAAAAAAAAAAAAAAAGCUUUGAAUGACCAUGCCGUGGCCCUGAGCUGCGCCCUAGACACCAUUGUUUUGCCUCAUGUUGGAGGACUUCAUGGAAUUUAAGAAAUACAUUCUGUGUGCAUAUUGUUUCAUAGCAAGAAUUGGUUGCAAAAAUGCUUUAUUUUUGAACAAUGCUUGGAAAUAUUAUGUGACUUUUUUGUCUGUUUGUUUUAGGAGGAUGGUGUAUGGUGGGGGCAAUAACUGAGGUUUUUUGCAUUCCAAGGAAAUGGCAGAUGGAUUAGCUGUAAGAGUGACAUAAGUAACUUAUUGUAAGACAGCAUCAAGCCAUGGGAACUUGCAGAAGAUUCAAAGCAGCUUACACAGCACUUUUAAAUUAACUCUAAACAUUACAUGGUGUGACUAUGGAAACUCCAGACAGGAGCUGGUCAGAGGUGGACGACACGAAGAUCCCCUUUUCCAUUUUCAAUAAACUCUGGAGCAGCCUUCUCAUGUCUCCCCUGGGGCCGGGUGCCCCUCUGAACCGUCACGGCAAUGUAGCAGACCCAACAGCACCCAUGUGUUUUCAACUUAAGCUAAAAGAUGACUUAAGAGCAUUUAUUUCCCCCUUUCACUUUUAAAAAUCAUUAUUGUUACUAAUCUUAUUAUUUGAGGGGUAAAGACAAAUGAUUUGUGAGUAUUCCAGUUACUGGACUGAAUUUUCUGCUGGAUCUGGUGAAAAAGCAGCUCAGUAAAGUCUCCCCCACCCCGACACUGACCCUGUCGAGCGCUGGGUCCUGCUCAGAGUCCUCUCAGUGGCUUGAGCGCUGCCCCAUCCUGGAGACCAGGUGGCCACAGAGCAUUUGUGUACCUUUGUCAUUGGAUUUAUUUGUGAUCUAUUCUAAGAACGAAUGCAAUCAGAUUUUAAAAGUAACUAAAUAUACUUCAGCACUUUUUUGCUUUAAACUAGAUCAUCUUAGACUUGUUUAUACCUUCGAUAUUUGAUUGUGUUGCUCCCGACGACUGCACUAUUUGUAUGCAUAAGACCACUUUUGAUUGCUGCGUCCUCCUUCUGAGUAGCCCUUUGACGACGUGUUGUGUUUCCUGACGUUGACUUGAUUCACCUUUAAUAGCAUCUCUUCCUUCCUUCCAUGUCUUGAUGUUAUGCAGGAAGUACAAAGUACUUUAAAAUUUUGUUAUGAAAUUAAAAAGAUGGGUUUUGUAAAAAUAAAAAAAAAAUAUUUUUAGCAGAACAGGACUUACAGGGUCAUUGUCCCCACAAUGUGCCAGUCGACUAUUUGCACUUACCUUGUCCUAUAUAUCCGUACGGAGGUGUGCAAUUCCUUGUGUCAGUAGCCUUGUGACACUGAACCUGGGUGGAUUAUAGAGGGGCCCUCACGGCUGCUCAGUGAUGUUGGGAAGAGAGGACUACAGGGGUCUCACGACAAAUAUUCUGAUACAAUAUCAACCUCGGUAUAUAUAUAUAUGUAUAAAUAUAUGUAUAUCCCAGCAGCACUUUAUACUGCUCACUGUACAAACGCUUACAGUUUUCCACAAGAACUUUAAUAACUAGCUGGGAAAAGAUUAUGUAAUUACUCGGGGCUCGGCGCCUGCUCCGUGUAGCCCCUUCCUCUUGUGCUAAUAAUGGGCUGCAGCCUCCAUGCUCAGAAUUGCCUUUUGAGAGCUGAAGCAAGGUGCUUGCAGUCUCCUGGGGCCGCCACGUGGUCCAGGGCCCCGGCCUCCAUGUAGGGCCCCCAUCGUUCAUAACGGCAUAUGCAUCUCCCCACCACGUCGUGUCUGCGGCUUCUUUGCCAAUAUAGUAACGCUUUUAGUAGAGUAAUAGAUAGCAUCAGUUUGGAUUCUUAUUGUUAUCACCUAUGUACAAUGGAAAGGGAUUUUAAGCACAAAUCUGCUGCUCAUGUAACGUUGGUACAUAAUAUCAAAUCAGAAGUUAUCUGUGACUAUUAUAUAAGGAUCACAAAAGUGUCACAUAUUAGAAUGCUGGCCUUUCAUAUGGAAUUAUUGUGAGUCAUCAGAGUUUAUUUAUUAUAACUUAUUGUUCAUAUUCAUUUCUAAGUUAAUUUAAGUAAUCAUUUAUUAAGACAGAAUUUUGUAUAAACUAUUUAUUGUGCUCUCUGUGGAACUGAAGUUUGAUUUAUUUUUGUACUACACGGCAUGGGUUUGUUGACACUUUAAUUUUGCUAUAAAUGUGUGGAAAUCACAAGUUGCUGUGAUACUUCAUUUUUAAAUUGUGAACUUUGUACAAAUUUUGUCAUGCUGGAUGUUAACACAUCUUACUCUAAAUAAAAAAGGUGUUGCCACAUUUGUAGCACGAAGUAUCUCU